GAACACAAGAUCGGAUUACAAGAUGGCGGAGUGUGGACGUUAGCGAGGAGGCCGCAGGAGUUGUUGUGCUCUGCGCGAAUUCACACUCGGAGAAGAAGCCUCCGGUCGAGCCGCCUCACGUCGGGCGCGUUAUGCGUUUAUGAAACAGCCACAGGUUCAUUUCACCGCUGCUGUGAACCGUAACAUGCGGGAAACACCGUUCACAGGUCGCGGGUAGGAAAACACUAACAGACGGGGUGAGGUGAUAGCUUGUUAGCAGCCUAGCUAGCCUGCUAGCUCCGACUCGGCUAACCAUGUCGGACACUCGGCGGCGGGUGAAAGUGUACACGCUAAACGAAGACCGGCAGUGGGAUGACCGGGGCACCGGCCACGUCUCGUCCACAUUCGUUGAGCGACUAAAGGGUAUUUCGUUGUUAGUUCGGGCCGAAUCAGACGGAUCUCUACUGUUGGAGUCGAAGAUAAGCCCGAACACUGCAUAUCAGAAACAACAGGACACGCUAAUUGUCUGGUCAGAAGCAGAUAACUAUGACCUUGCCCUAAGUUUCCAAGAGAAGGCUGGCUGUGAUGAGAUAUGGGAGAAGAUUUGUCAGGUUCAAGGCAAGGACCCUGCCCUGGACAUCACCCAGGAUCCCAUUGAUGAGUCAGAAGAGGAACGUUUUGAGGAGAUCCCAGAGACGAGCCACCUGGUGGAGCUCCCUCCAUGCGAACUAAGCCGACUGGAGGAGAUAGCUGACCUGGUUACGUCUGUCCUCUCUUCACCCAUCCGGAGGGAGAAACUCGCCUUGGCCCUGAUGAGCGAGGGCUACAUCAAGAAACUCCUGGGACUCUUCAGAGUAUGUGAGGACCUGGACAACAGAGAGGGCCUACAUCACCUUUAUGAGAUUGUCCGGGGUGUCUUGUUCCUCAACAAAGCGGCCCUCUUUGAGGUGAUGUUCUCUGACGAUUGUAUCAUGGAUGUGGUCGGCUGCCUUGAGUAUGACCCAGCGCUGGUUCAGCCUAAACGCCACCGGGAGUUUUUGACCAAGACGGCAAAGUUUAAGGAGGUGAUCCCUAUCACGGACUCAGAGCUGCGACAGAAGAUCCACCAGACCUACCGGGUGCAGUACAUCCAGGACAUCAUUCUGCCCACGCCAUCCGUUUUUGAGGAGAACUUCAUGUCCACACUCAACUCCUUCAUCUUCUUCAACAAGGUGGAGAUUGUCAGUAUGUUGCAGGAAGAUGAGAAGUUCCUAACAGAGGUCUUUGCACAGCUCACGGAUGAAGCCACGGACGACAGUAAAAGGAGAGAGCUUGUGAAUUUUGUCAAGGAAUUCUGUGCUUUUUCCCAAACGUUGCAGCCACAAAACAGAGACGCCUUCUUCAAAACUCUGGCAAAUCUGGGCAUCUUACCUGCUCUAGAAAUAGUCAUGGGAAUGGAUGACCUGCAGGUGAGAGCAGCAGCGACAGACAUCUUCUCGUACCUGGUGGAAUUCAGCCCCUCCAUGGUCAGAGAGUUUGUCAUGCAGGAACCACAGCAGACAGAUGAUGACGUUCUGCUGAUAAAUGUUGUCAUCAAGCAGAUGAUCUGUGACUCUGACCCUGAGUUAGGAGGGGCUGUCCAGCUGAUGGGUCUGCUCAGGACGCUCAUCGACCCCGAGAACAUGCUUGCAUCCACAAAUAAAACGGAAAAGACUGAAUUUCUGAGCUUCUUCUACAAGUACUGCAUGCAUGUCCUCACCGCUCCUCUGCUGGCCAACACUGCACAUGACAAAAACUCAAAAGAUCUGCAGGAGGGAUCUACGAAGAUCAACCCAGUCUGUCCAGACAACUUCCAGACAGCUCAGCUGCUGGCUCUGAUCCUGGAGCUUCUCACCUUCUGCGUGGAGCACCACACCUAUCACAUCAAGACAUACAUCAUGAACAAAGACCUUCUCAGGAGAGUGCUGGUGCUUAUGAACUCAAAGCACACCUUCCUCGCUCUUUGUGCCCUGCGUUUCAUGCGCAGGAUCAUAGGUCUGAAGGAUGAGUACUACAACCGCUACAUCAUCAAAGGGAACCUGUUUGAGCCUGUCAUUAAUGCCCUGCUGGACAACGGCACCCGAUACAACCUCCUCAACUCAGCCAUCAUAGAGCUCUUUGAGUUCAUUAAAGUGGAGGACAUCAAAUCUCUCAUAGCUCACAUUGUGGAUAAUUUCUACAAAGCUCUCGAAUCCAUAGAGUACGUCCAGACUUUCAAAGGCUUGAAAGGUCGAUAUGAGCAGGAAAAAGAUCGGCUGAGUCAGAGGCUCAACAGAUAUCGCAGAGAUGCACGGUCGUUGGACGAGGAUGAAGAGUUGUGGUUCAAUGACGACGACGAUGAUGACGAUGGAGAGGCCGUGGAGAAGAGGAUGGAGGAUGACUUCUCAGACAGUUACGGCAAAUACAUGGAAGCCAAAAAAGGUACGUUUCACUGGUAUUACUGUAUUUAUCAUCUUUUAAACUCUCCUCACAUUUGUACAUUUCUGAUGUUCACACUGUCUGUUCCUGCAGGUGCUGCCAACGGAGCUAAUGGUGCCAACAACAACGGGAAAGCUGCUGUGAUCCCACCUUCACCACCACCCGUCACUCCAAACAACAGUUCAACUUCGUCUGUCAAAACAGUUGCUCUUCCUGCCACUCCAGUAGUUAAGACCGCUCUGGUUGGUCUGGUUGACUACCCAGACGAUGAGGAUGACGAGGAAGAAGAUGAGGAGGAAGAGCAGUCUCCGAGGAAGCGGCCCCGUCUGAGCUCUUAAGGCUAAUAGUCCUCUGUUUGGUUGUGGUGGGUGGACACAGAGUCCCUCCCAUCUUCCCUCCUUUGGUCGUCUCAUUGGUCCUCGGCCUGCCUGCGCCACCCGUCAGUCUCACUGAGGAGACGGGCAAAGAUGAGCUCUCACCUCACCCAGUCCCUCCCUAUUUCUGCUCCUCUUCCUCCUCAGCGGGAGGAGAUGGAGAGUUUCUCCUUCACUGGAAACAAAGACAGAUCCCUCUGUUCCUUAAGCCCGUCAGUUAUACCUCUUCCUUUUUACCAACAGCCUCCACUAGGAGAUCCUGAAACCUUGUUUCUUCCUCCUGACUUCUCCUCUGUUUCACCACACUCCCCUGUUCUCCCAGUCCACACCUCUCUCUGAACUACUUCUUUCUUUCUCCUUCUAAUCCACCAUCCUACGCAUUGACCAGAGAGGCUGCGGGGGGGGGGGAGACACAGUGCCAAGGCGGUUCCCAACUCUGCACUGUUGCUAUAGCAACAGUGGCAAGGAAGCUGCGGUAGUACACCAACCCCACAGGAACCCUCCUCACGCGUGCGUCCUCAUUUGAACUCUCCCUUCCAUCAUUCUCGAACCCGAACCGGUGAGCUCUAGAGACAGAGGAAGCCAGAACACAAGCAGCCAGUGUGCGAACUGUUCAGGAGGCCAGUCAGGCUAGCAGGACUAGCCGUUAUAGUUAUAGAAAGCUUGACUGGCGGAAGCAGUGUGUGCGCCGCCCCUGCCACAGAACUAUUCACUCUUGUUGGGGACAAGAAGGAUCCAGGCAACACUGAAGAAACAAAACACGGAGAGACAGUGGAGGGAACAAACGACAAAAAAAUGUACCAGGAUGAAAACGGACCCAGAGGAGCAGGACUCAGACCUUCAGAAGCCAUGGUGUCUGUUUGGCCACGGCACACACACCCACACACCGAACACAACACAGCGUCUCGCAUACAGGACUGCGUUAGCCAGAGAUCCUGUAUUUCAUGACUUUGUUAAACAGUACUGUACAGAUGUUUUUUUUUCUUUUUAAUCAUUUGCCCUAGAUCUGAUUUUGAAAGGGGAGAGAGACUCCUACCUGACCUGUGUAUUUUUUUUGUUGUCGUCGCACAAAAAGGUGGAGUCACUGUUCGCCCUUUCAGUCCAGUACAUUUGAUUCAAUGUAAAAUGCUGGUUUUAAAAAUAACGUAUUAAACUGCAGUAAAGUCAUUUUUGCAGCCAACAUUUCGAGGAUGUCUGACAUUUUGUAUUUUAAGUGGAUUGAAGAAUUUAGCGGCCUCGUUGUGACGCACACAUUUCUCAUCUUUCACUGAGAUGGUUCUGGUGUGUUAAGAGCGAUUUUUAUCCAAGUUUGAAGGACGACAAUUUUCAGGUCCAGGUCAAUCCAAGUUUUCAUUUAAGUUCCACAGUUUGUCUUCCUUUGGCCUGUCCACAAAAACCACUGCACAUUAAAAUAACUUCUUAUUUUACAAUUUUACGCCAAACUCCAUGACUGGAUGAGCUGUUUUUAUUAGUUAUGAUUAAGAUGAUUCAACUCCAGAGUCGAUGCCAUGCAGCGUUAGAGUCAAGCUGUCCUUCAGGAGGAGAAUUUUCCCGACACCUUUCAGAUAUGGGUUUGACAAAGCCGGAGGGCGAUGAGGCAUUUCAGUGUCGGGUCAAAAGCAUUUCUUGCGUCGAAUAUCUUUUUGCUGAGAGGCUGCUGAGAGGAAUCAGUCUUGAUAAAACUGCUGGAUCACAAACUUAAAUCUACAACCCAGAGUAAAAAGAUUAUUCCCAGUGUGCGUUUAGGUGAGCAGUGAAUUCUUUCCUCCUGUCUGUUCAUGUUGCCCAACAAUAUGACUGUUCAUGCUCCCUUGAUGAACUUGUAUUAAGUGCAUUUACUACCAUUAUUGAACAUUUGUAUGAAUUUGAUAAGUUUUGAAAUUAAAUGUGACCCUGACACUGAAA